AUGGGUCCUUCACGUCCCUCCAUCUUCUUGCCGUUGUUUUUGUCAGUGGUAGUGUGUAUGUCAGCCUCACUUGGUAGCUCUAGUUCUGAUUUGGUUGAAUCAGAAUUGGUGAAGGUUCCAAUUUCAGAGUUCACAAAUUCAGUGAGGUCCACCAUCGACGUCGUACAGCAGGUGGCCACCCUCGUCUCCACAUUCACCGAGUUUGCAAAUUCAGUGAGGCUGACCAUCGAAGUGGUACCACAAGUGGCCUCCCUCGUCUCCAGAUUUGCCGAGUUUGCAAAUUCAGUAAGGUUGACCAUCGAAGUGGUACAACAAGUGGCCUCCCUCGUCUCCAGAUUCGCCGAGUUUGCAAUUUCAGUGAGGUUGACCAUCGCAGUGGUACAAAAAGUGGCCUCCCUCGUCUCCAGAUUCGCCGAGUUUGCAAUUUCAGUGAGGUUGACCAUCGCAGUGGUACAAAAAGUGGCCUCCCUCGUCUCCAGAUUCGCCGAGUUUGCAAUUUCAGUGAGGUUGACCAUCGCAGUGGUACAAAAAGUGGCCUCCCUCGUCUCCAGAUUCGCCGAGUUUGCAAUUUCAGUGAGGUUGACCAUCGCAGUGGUACAAAAAGUGGCCUCCCUCGUCUCCAGAUUCGCCGAGUUUGCAAUUUCAGUGAGGUUGACCAUCGCAGUGGUACAAAAAGUGGCCUCCCUCGUCUCCAGAUUCGCCGAGUUUGCAAUUUCAGUGAGGUUGACCAUCGCAGUGGUACAAAAAGUGGCCUCCCUCGUCUCCAGAUUCGCCGAGUUUGCAAUUUCAGUGAGAAUGGAAUACCCGCAUCCAACUCUUGGGACAAUUGCUGUUAAUGGCCAAGGCUUCAUAGCACGUGACAUGACAUUCGAGAACACAGCAAGACCGCAGAAGCACCAAGCAGUUGCAUUCCGAUCAGACUCUGACUUGUCGGUUUUGUUUAGAUGUGCUAUAAGGGGAUACCAAGACACACUCUACGCGCACUGCUUGCGCCAAUUCUACAGAGAAUGCCAGAUCACCGGCACUGUGGAUUUCAUAUUUGGCGACGGCACUGUCGUGUUUCAAAACUGCCGAAUCCUAGCCAGGUUAGGCCUGCCUGAUCAAAAGAACACCAUAACCGCCCAGGGCCGUAAAGACCCAAGUGAGUCCUCGGGCUUCUCUAUCCAAUUCUCCAACAUAUCUGCGGAGCCAGAUUUGUUAGCUUCAUUGAACUCCACGUACACAUACCUUGGACGACCGUGGAAGCUGUACUCGCGAACAGUCAUCAUGCAAUCGUACAUGAGCAACGCCAUAAGGCAGGAAGGGUGGAUAGAGUGGAAUGGGAAUUUCGCACUGGAUACCCUCUUCUAUGGUGAGUUUAUGAACAAUGGGCCAGGGGCGGGACUGGGUAGCCGGGUCAAGUGGCCAGGUUUCCAAACCAUGAAUGACUCUGCUCAGGCCUACAACUUCUCUGUGGGUCAAUUCAUUCUAGGAAAUGGUUGGUUGCCAUCAACCGGUGUCAAGUAUACUGCGGGAUUGGGGGUUUAA